AUUAGAUGAUAUUUAUUUACUAUAUUCAAAAUUUAAUAGUAGAAAAUAAAAAAAUCGUCGUCUUGUUGCUUCCUCUGUUUUCUUCUGUGAAAUUUCUUUAAAUUUAUUCUCUUUUUGUUUUGUAAAAAAAAGGUUAAAGCUUUACAAAGAAAGUGAGAAAAUUUAUUGAGAGUUCGAAGAGGAUUUACUCAACUUCACGUCUUCUUCUAAUCCGCCUAAUCAUAUACACAUAUACAUACACAUAUAUAUAUUGUUUCUCUUUCGUCUGAUUACAAUUUCAAGAUAAAAAAAAUAUAUUUUUUAUUUGAGAAAAUUCCUCUUUCUUCCACGCAACCAAACCCCACCUCCUCCUCCUCUACUCCUUUUUGUCCCAACCUCUUAGGAUUUUCCUUCGCCUCAAUCAAAAAAACAAGAACAAUCCCAUUAUCCCAAUUCACCUUUUUGUUGAUUUCGGAGCUGAUUUCGUUUCUGGGUAUUCAUUGAUUUUCACUAAAUUCAUCCAAGUCGGCCAACUGCUUUGUAUUGUUUUCUGGGUUUGGAGAACUUUGCAUUGACUGUUAAGGUUGUUUGGGGAAUGGACUGGCUGUAUUUGACCACAGUCAGUCUUUGUGAAUGAUGUUCAGUGGGUCAAGGAGUGCCAAUUCUAACGGUGUAUUCAAGUGGAAGUGGCGAGAUCAAGGUCAGUCUUCUUUGACAGCAGGGUUACUUCACGAUGUGCCUCCCGAGAUUGAAUUAUCUGCUUAUGGAAGGAUACCGAGUCCUGGUAGUGAGAGUCCUUCGGGGCUACUUAAUGGUGAGAGUCUGAAUGUGGAACCUAUUGCUGAUCUCGACCUGUUCUUUGAAAAGCUUUAUAGUUACUAUUGUGAGAAAGGACUUUGGUGUAUAAUCAUAAAAUGGGUGGUUGAGCUUCUGAGCUUGGGUUUCACCAUUUGUUUCUCUGGGUUUUUCUUGUUAUUCGUUGAUUGGAAUGGUCUUCGUAAUGCAAAAUGUGGAAUGGAUGCAAUAGAAUCUGGAAUAAAGCCAUGUGAUCUUGCUAAGGAAGCUCUUCAUGCACACCCGUUAACCCCUCUAACGCUUUCUAAAGCUGUUAUUGUCGGUUAUUUGGGAAUAUUUUCCAUUUAUUGGAUCUUUUGUUUCUUGAGGUUUUUCGCUCAGUUAAGAGAAACCCUUGACAUCCGUCACUUCUAUUACAACAGCCUUCGUGUUACUGACAAUGAAAUUCAAACCAUGCCAUGGGCAACAAUUCUCGAAAAGGUUGUGCAAUUACAAAGUUCAGAGCGGCUUUGUGUGGUUAAGGAUCUCUCUGCUCAUGAUGUGGUGAUGCGGCUGAUGCGCAAAGAAAAUUACUUGAUUGGUAUGCUUAACAAGGGUGUGCUUGCAUUUCCUAUCUCAAAAUGGGUGCCAGGUGUUGGUCCAACUGUCAAAUUCGGUUUGAAUGGAAAGCGACACCGUCUCAUACUGACAAAGACCCUUGAAUGGACUUUAAAUUGGUGCAUCUUGCAGAGCAUGUUUGAUCGAAACUUCUGUGUACGACGGGAUUUUAUAUCAAAUCCUAGUACCUUGAAGAAAAGGUUGAUGGUAGUAGGCGUUGCAAUGCUUCUUCUUUCGCCAUUUAUAGUAAUUUUCAUGCUAGUUUAUCUCUUCUUGAGGCAUGCUGAACAAUUCUAUAAUCAUCCAAGCACAGCAUCAUCUCGUAGAUGGUCUAAUUUGUCAAAGUGGAUCUUUAGGGAAUUCAACGAGGUGGACCACUUGUUCAAGCACCGAACCAAUAGCAGUGUGAUACUUGCAUCGGACUAUUUGAAGCAAUUUCCAUCUCCAAUCAUCUCUAUUAUUGCAAAGUUCAUAUCUUUUGUUUCCGGGGGCUUUGCUGCUAUACUGAUCAUCAUUGCGUUUCUGGAGGAGUCUCUACUCGAGGGCCAUAUAUUUGGUCGCAACUUGCUUUGGUACGCUGCUGUUUUUGGAACUAUAACCGCUAUUAGCAGGGCUGCUGUUACCGAUGAACUUCUUGUCCUUGACCCAGAAGGUGCCAUGUCUGUGGUGGUCCAGCAUACACAUUAUAUGCCGAAGAGAUGGCGAGGCAAAGAAAAUACUGAGAUGGUCCGCAUGGAGUUUGAAACUCUGUUUCAGUACACUGGAAUGAUGUUACUUGAGGAGAUGGCCUCGAUUUUCCUCACUCCAUAUUUACUUCUUUUUGUUGUCCCACAGCGAGUGGACGACAUAUUAGAGUUUAUUGCAGAUUUCACCGAGCAUGUGGAUGGCGUCGGUGAUGUUUGCAGCUUCAGCGCCUUUGAUUUUCAAAAACAUGGCAAUAGUAACUAUGGAUCGCCACACAAUGCAAGUCACUCCCAGAGGAGUUCUCAGGGGAAAAUGGAGAAGUCAUUCUUGAGCUUUCAGAGUAGCUAUCCUUCAUGGGAACCAAAUGCUGAAGGGAAGCAAUUCCUUUCGAACCUUAGAACUUUCAGAGAGCGACAGAUGAGGCAGGGACAUGGAAACCGACUUCCAUACUCUCCCGCGAGAAUGUGGCAAGGGAAUCCAACAUUUAGAGAUACGCCACAAUAUAGUCAAGGAACGGGCUAUCAUAUGGGGUCGCUCUGGCUCAUCGACGCUGAUCAAAAGUCUCACCCUUAUCUUCUCGAUUGGUAUUACACUUCACAUCCUCACCACCAUCGAACUAAUUCCUCGAGAGAUAUCGAGGAAGCAAUUGAAGCCACCGAGCAACAAUUUGGUGAUUAUUGGUCUCCACCCAACUUGAGACAAGAUAAUGCUAGAUAUGAAGUUAACAUAAACUUGGAUCACCAAACACAACAUAACACUACAAGGGGUGAUUACUUUGUGCAACAAUAUGGCUCUAAUCUCGGGGCAUCAACAUCGGCCUCGUUCUUCAGGGAGAGUGACAUCGAGAAUCAGGAACUCGGGAAUUUGACACUUCCAAAUAGGACUAAGUGGUGGGAUAGAGAUGCACAAGGUCUACAACAACCACAAGCGAGUUUUCUCGAGCCUCCUGAUUUUAACCGUCGUGAUUCGGUUAAUCUCUACGAUAACUCAUCAGAUAGAAGCACAACCGAAGAACAAGACCAACAACAACACUUGGUGGACUGGAGGAAUUCCCGAAAGCUAUCUCGAACUACAUACAUGGAUGAUUUAGAUACAGAUGGCAUUAGUCUUCAUUUCGAUGAUAUUUUUAGCAGACCUCCCGAAACCCCGAGAAUAGAUCCAGAAGCCUAAAAGCUUUGAAUGGCCUAAAAUAUGAAAAUAUAAUUUGCAUACCUCUAGUUUUUUUGAAGAGGUUGUUGCUUUUAGGUAAUGUGGAAAUAUUCAUGGUUGUUUUUUAGUGGAUAAUUGUGUUAAAAAAGAAAAAUUUAUUGAUUAGGGGAACUAACUCUGUGGUAAUUCUUUUCUGUAUAUAAAUUCAUGGUUCUUGGCUAUUAUAGUAUUUGGCAUAGAGUUCAUCUUGGAUUUGGGAAUCUCACCCCUAAAAGUGUACAAACAAAUUUCAAGUUAGUAAUCAAUCAAGUUGAAUUCUCAUUCUA